GUCAGCAUGCUCGGCUGUGGAAUGGAAAUCAGACCAACAAAAGAGAGGAUCCCUUUUUAGAGUGCGAUGUGGGAGAAACUCAGAGCAAGACUGGAAACACAGGUCUUUGGAUCCAUCUCCCUGAGCCGUCUCUCUUUUCAGUCCAUCUGCCUGUCAACACAAUCAAUCUUCAUGUUGUGUUUUAAUAAGUCACAGCACACCAGAUAGAGUUGCCCCGUUCCCAGUGGAGGAUAAUGGAACGGCUUUGGAUCUCUUUGCUGUUGCUGGCAGCAGCAUGCAAGGGGCAGCCGUGUCCGAAACGCUGUAUGUGCCAGAGCCUUUCUCCGUCGCUCGCCAUCCUCUGCUCCAAAACAGGCUUGCUGUUUGUUCCUGCUGCAAUUGACCGACGCACCGUGGAGCUACGGCUUCAGGAGAACUUUAUAACAGCUGUCAGAAGGAAGGACUUUGCCAACAUGACCAGCCUGCUACAUCUGACCCUGUCCAGAAACACCAUUAGUCAGAUUCUCCCUUCAGCUUUCAGUGACCUGCGGCGACUCAGAGCACUGCACUUAGACUCUAACAGAUUAACUGCAGUCAAGGAUGACCACUUCAAAGGCCUGACAAACCUUCGUCACCUGAUCUUAGCCAACAACCAGCUCAACGCCAUAGCUCCCCAUGCCUUUGAUGAUUUCCUUUCCACAUUGGAGGAUCUUGACCUCAGCUACAACAACCUUGCAGAGGUUCCCUGGGAAACCAUUGGGCGCCUAACCAAUGUUAAUACCCUAAAUAUGGAUCAUAACCUUAUAGAAAAUGUUCCCCAAGGGGUAUUUACCAACCUACACAAGCUGGCCAGGCUCGACAUGACGUCCAACAAGCUAAAGAAAAUUCCCCCAGAUCCAUUAUUUCUCAGAAUCCCAGUUUAUGCCAAGUCCAAAGGCUCCCCUCUCUCCUCCCUGGUGUUGAGUUUUGGUGGCAACCCCCUUCACUGUAACUGUGAACUUCUGUGGUUAAGAAGACUGACUAGAGAAGAUGACCUUGAGACUUGCGCCUCACCCCCUGACCUCAGUGCCAAAUACUUCUGGACGAUACCUGAGGAGGAGUUUAUCUGUGACCCACCAGUCCUGACCCGUAAGUCACCUCAUACUGUUGCUAUGGAAGGCCAGCCUGCCAGCCUCAAGUGCAAAGCAAAUGGCGACCCAGAACCAGAAGUCCACUGGAUCAGCCCUGAAGGGCGACUUAUAUCUAAUGGCUCAAGAACGUUGGUUUUCCCAAACGGAAGCUUGGAGAUCAAUGUAACUUCCCUGAAGGAUUCAGGAAACUUCACCUGCAUUGCCUCCAACGCAGCAGGAGAGUCUACAGGAAGGGUGGAGCUAGUUGUCACAGCAAUGCCCCACCUGGCAAAUAGCACAAGCCGUAGCCGAGACCCAUCCUCUGAACCUGCCCCAUCUGACAUCCUAACCUCCUCGAAGGUUGCGCUGCCUAAUAACGAGACAAGAGGCGGAGACCGGAGGGUUUCAUUGGUGGAGCUGACAGGAAACUCUGCACUCAUAAGAUGGAGCAGUCAGACUCCUACAACUGGAGUCAGGAUGUUCCAGGUCCAGUACAACAGCUCCGGGGAUGACACACUGGUUUACAGGAUGAUUCCGUCCACCAGCAAUGACUUCCUGGUUCGUGACCUCGCUGCAGGACGAAGCUACGAUCUUUGUGUUCUGGCUGUAUUUGAUGACGUCAUCACAUCAUUGACUGCAACACGUCCCUUGGGCUGCCUGUCCUUCACCACAGACACGGAGUUCAGCCAGUGCCAAGCACUGCACAGCCACUUCCUGGGUGGCACUAUGAUCAUCAUCAUUGGAGGGAUUAUUGUGGCCUCUGUGCUUGUGUUUAUUAUCAUCUUAAUGAUACGAUACAAGGUUUACAGCCACCAAGGGGCGGUCCACGGAAAAGUAGCCAUUGCAGCAAGUGCGACGAGACCACAGAGCAAUGGACAAGGAGGAGGUGCACAGGUCCAAGUCCUCCCUCGCUCUGCCUCCAAAAUGCCUGACAGUGAGGAGGACCGAGCACUAUCGCCGUCCAGGGUCAUGUCGCCUAGCAACACACUGAGAGACACUGUGGCAUUGGUCGAGGAGGAGAGCAGUGGACGGAGCACAAUGACAAGGACUGACUCCUUGGCCAAUGAGGAGUUGCUCUCACCCACCAAGGCCCGUUUCUCCUCCAGGGUCGCUAUCGAGAUGAAAAGCAGACCACCAUCUGUCGCCAAAGAGCCCACCUCCCCUAAGGAACUGGCAGACCCAGUGAGCAGGAGGAAAACCACGUGUCAAAGGUCAAAAUGGAUGCAGCUGAACAGAUAGAGAGAACAAAAUAAAGUAGCAGGGUUCAUACGUCCAAUUGAAAAUCCAGACACUUUAACAAGAAGAAAAAUGAAGUAUGACUGUAUGUGACUACAUCAUCUGCAUUAUUACCAUCUUGGUUGCAGUCAUACAGGCCCUCUUCACAUAUCCAUUACCACCAUGGAGAGUGUUUGUGUGCACACAGCAUGAUCAAUAGCAGCUAACAUCUCACCCGUUCUAUUUCUGAAGAGUUACAUCCCCACAUGUCUGACAGAAAGCCUUUUAUAUCAACAAUCAGAGCAACACAGGUGUUCUAUAUUAGCAUCUUCUUCAUCAUUCUCAUACUUCAGACUCCAUGCUGGCAACUGUAAAUGGGAUGUAAGGUUACCAACUACCAUCGCUGAUAUGCUUCAUCUGUAUGUGUGUGUUUGUGCACAUAAUUGCACUGCCCACCGUUCACCAGUGCCAUCAUCAUCAUCAUCAUCAUUAUCAUCAUGGCUGUUCCCUGUAGAGAGUAAUCGGAAGUUGUGCAGAAGAGCAAACAGACAGAAAACCUCAAACCUUUUGACCAAUCCAAGAAGGAACACACACACACACACACGCAUACACACACACAUACCCCCCAAAAAAGGAAAAAACAAUAACUCACAAACACUUUGUCUUCACGUUUACCCCUCUCUGUGUUCUCCCUUACUUUUUCUUUGGGCUUUAUCUUUUCUAUGUGUACAUAAAGCAAUUUCAAAUCUUAUAGUUUUGUACAUGUAAUUU